AUGUACGGUUCCGGCCAGCAGACGGGCAUCUCCACGCCCCGCUCCGCUGCAAACCUGCGCCCGCUCAUCCUUUCCCACGGCUCGCUCGAAUACACGCUCCUCAUCCCCACUGCCCUCCACUUCAAUGCACAACAAUUGAGGGACACGUUCAAGUCGACGCUUCCUGAGCCAACCGACGAGCUCGCCCUAGACGAUGAGCCUUCGUCGGUAGCGGAGCUGGUGGCACGAUACCUUGGUUUUGUCGCGAAAGAGGUAGAGGAGGGCGAGGACCCUGAUUCUUUCGAGGAGGUGCUCAAGCUCGUUCUUACCGAAUUCGAGCGUGCCUUCCUCCGAGGCAACGAGGUGCACGCGCUCGCUGCAUCUCUGCCUGGCAUCACCGAGAAGAAGCUGGUUACAGUGCGGUCAUACUACGCUGCCCGUGCCGCAGUAGAGAGACCUAUCAAGCACCAUGAAUCGGCUCUGUUCCGCGAAGCUUCCGACGAGAAUGCCUUCAUAUAUGCUGUUUUGGGUGGCCAAGGCAACAUCGAGGAGUACUUCGAUGAACUCCGCGAGAUCUACACUACCUACCCCUCAUUCGUAGAGGACUUUGUUGCUGCCGAGGCGCAACACCUCCUCGUUCUGUCGCGCGACCCGCGCGCUGAGAAACUCUACUCCAAGGGUCUCGAUGUUAUGCGAUGGCUCAACAACCGAGACUCGCAACCCGAUACCGACUACCUGGUAUCGGCACCCGUCAGUUUGCCCUUGAUUGGGUUGACUCAGCUCGCACACUACGUCGUAACCUGCAGAGUCCUCGGUAGCCAUCCCGGACAUGUACGCAGUCGCUUGUCCGGUGUGACCGGUCACUCCCAGGGUGUUGUCACAGCCGCCGCUAUUGCUGAAUCUAAGAACUGGGAGACCUUUGAGCGAUCUGCCAAGAAAGCCAUUGAGAUUCUUUUCUGGAUCGGUGCGCGAAGUCAGCAAGCCUUCCCUAGGACCUCGCUGGCGCCCACUGUCUUGCAAGACUCAGACGACAAUGGCGAGGGCGUGCCAACGCCUAUGCUUUCUAUCCGUGACCUCUCAAGAAAGGCAGUCCAGGAUCACAUUGACGCAACCAAUGCCCAUCUACCCCAAGACCGACACAUCGCCAUCUCGCUGGUCAACAGCGCGCGUAACUUUGUAGUUACAGGUCCACCAAUCUCUCUGUAUGGUCUCAACCUCCGCCUGCGCAAGGUCAAGGCUCCGACUGGCCUAGACCAAACCAGGAUACCCUUCACCGAGCGCAAAGUGCGCUUUGUCAACCGCUUCCUGCCCAUCACUGCGCCCUUCCAUAGCCCGUACUUGGUAGAUGCGACCAAGCAGCUCGAAGAUGAUCUCAAGGCGAUCAAGAUCUCCACCGCGGAUCUUGGCAUUCCCAUGUAUGACACACAUACAGGCCAAGACAUUCGCGAAAACGAGACCGACAACAUUGUUCCUCGCCUUGUUAGCAUGAUCACUGCCGACUCGGUCGAGUGGGAGAAGGCAACCGUAUUCCCCAAGGCCACUCACAUCCUUGAUUUCGGCCCGGGCGGUAUCUCCGGUCUUGGCGUACUCACAAACCGUAACAAGGACGGUACUGGUGUUCGUGUCAUCCUCGCGGGUGCUAUCGAUGGCCAAAACGCCGAAGUUGGCUACAAGCCUGAGAUCUUUGAUCGUGACUUCGACCAUGCCGUCAAGUACGCUGUCGACUGGGUCAAGGAGCACGGUCCUCGUCUCGUCAAAACAUCAACUGGCCAGACCUAUGUCGACACCAAGAUGAGCCGCGUGCUCGGUUUGCCCCCGAUUAUGGUCGCUGGUAUGACACCUUGCACUGUGCCAUGGGACUUUGUCGCAGCGACAAUGAACGCCGGUUACGAGAUUGAACUUGCUGGUGGUGGUUACUACAACGAAAAGACUAUGACUGCUGCCAUCAACAAGGUCGAGAAGGCUAUCCCUGCCGGUCGCGGUAUCAGCAUCAACUUGAUCUACAUCAACCCGCGUGCCAUGGGCUGGCAGAUCCCGCUCUUGGCCAAGCUCAGGGCUGAAGGUGUACCGAUCGAGGGUCUUACUAUCGGUGCCGGUGUGCCAUCCAUUGAGGUCGCCACUGAGUACAUCGAGACCCUAGGCAUCAAGCACAUUGCCUUCAAGCCGGGUUCUGUCGAGGCUAUCCAGCAGACCAUCAACAUCGCGAAAGCAAACCCUACCUUCCCCGUCUUGCUUCAAUGGACAGGUGGUCGUGGUGGUGGUCAUCACUCCUUCGAAGACUUCCACCAGCCUAUCCUGCAGAUGUACGGCCGCCUGCGCAAAUGCGAGAACCUGGUUCUUGUCGCAGGUUCCGGAUUCGGUAGUGCGGAAGACACAUACCCAUACCUUACUGGAUCAUGGUCGACCAAGUUUGGCUACCCACCCAUGCCAUUCGACGGUUGCUUGUUCGGUAGCCGCGUUAUGACCGCCAAGGAGGCAAAGACGUCCAAGAUGGCCAAGCAGGCCAUCGUUGAUGCUCCAGGUCUCGACGACAGUGACUGGGAGAAGACCUACAAGGGCCCUGCUGGAGGUGUCAUCACUGUUCGCUCCGAAAUGGGUGAGCCAAUCCACAAGCUCGCCACCCGUGGUGUCAUCUUCUGGCACGAGAUGGACCAGAAGAUUUUCAGUCUGGACAAGGCCAAGCGCGUCCCCGAACUGAAGAAGAUGCGCGAAUACAUCAUCGAAAAGCUGAACAAGGACUUCCAGAAAGUUUGGUUCGGUAGAAACAAGAAGGGAGAGUCAGUCGACCUGGAAGACAUGACCUACGCUGAGGUUGUUCAACGCAUGGUAGACCUCAUGUAUGUCAAGCACCAGUCCCGCUGGAUCGACCAGAGCUUGAAGCGCUUGACAGGUGACUUCAUCCGUCGACUGGAGGAGCGUUUCAGCAGAGCCAGCAGCGAGUCACUGAUCCAGAAUUACGAUGAGCUCAACGACCCCUUCCCAAUGCUUGAGAAGGUCUUCAAGGCUUACCCCGACUCCGACAAGCAGCUCAUCAGCGCCCAAGAUGUGCAGCACUUCUUGCUUCUCUGCCAACGCCGUGGACAGAAGCCUGUUCCAUUCGUUCCUGUCCUCGACGAGACCUUUGAGUUCUUCUUCAAGAAGGAUUCACUGUGGCAAUCUGAAGACCUUGAUGCUGUUGUUGACAAAGACGUCGGCAGGACUUGCAUUCUUCAAGGACCCAUGGCCGUUAAGUACUCUACCAAGGUCGACGAGCCUGUCAAGGAGAUCCUGGAUGGUGUUCACGAGGGCCACAUCAAGUACCUUUUGCGCGACAUCUAUGGCGAUGACGAGUCCAAGGUUCCUGUUAUCGAGUACUUCGGUAGCAACCUGCUUGCGCCACCGCAGGGUCUUGACGUCGAUGGUCUUACUGUGUCAGAACUUGAGAACAAGAUUAUCUACCGCCUUUCUGCUGCUCCCAACGCCACAAUGCCAGAGGUACACUCAUGGCUACAACUCCUGGCAGGUACCAGCUACUCGUGGAGACACGCUUUCUUCACUGCGGAUAUCUUCGUACAGGGUCAGCGUUUCCAGACCAACCCUACUUCCAGGGUCUUCGCGCCCACACCCGGUAUGGUCAUCGAAAUCCAAUACCCCAACGAGCCUGCCAAGACUUCGAUCAUCGUCAAGGAGCUACACCACGGCGGCAAGUUGAUCAAGACUGUCGAUGUCAGCCUGACAAAGGACAACGAAAUCCUACUCAACAUCUACGAGGAGCGUACUGCCCUUAAGAAGGCUGUCGCGUUGCCUUUCCGCUUCACCUACCGCCCCGACGUAGGCUAUGCGCCUAUCCACGAGGUUAUGGACGCCCGCAACGACCGGAUCAAGGACUUCUACUACAAGAUCUGGUUUGGAGAUGAGGAAUGUCCGUUCGAUGCGUCUGUCACUUCGCGCUUCGAUGGUGGCCGCGCUACCGUUACGAGUGAGGCCAUUAACGACUUCGUCCACGCGGUUGGCAACACAGGUGAAGCCUUUGUUGACAGACCUGGUAAGGAAGUCUUUGCCCCAAUGGACUUCGCUAUCGUUGUUGGCUGGAAGGCUAUUACCAAGCCCAUCUUCCCUCGCGCAAUCGAUGGCGACCUUCUCAAGUUGGUCCAUCUUUCCAACGGAUUCCGCAUGAUCUCCGGCGCUGAGCCCCUGAAGAAGGGUGAUGUCCUCGACACCACCGCACAGAUCAAUGCUGUCAUUAACCAGGAUUCUGGUAAGAUGGUAGAAGUCUGCGGCACCAUCACUCGUGAUGGCAAGCCGGUAAUGGAGGUUACCAGCCAGUUCCUUUACCGCGGUGCAUAUGACGACUUCGAGAACACAUUCCAGAGGAAGGUUGAGAAACCUAUCCAGCUCAACCUUGCCACCAGUAAGGAUGUCGCAAUCCUGCGGUCAAAGGAGUGGUUCAACUUCGAGGAGCCUGAGAUCGACCUGCUGAACAAGACCCUGCUCUUCAAGCUUGAGACUGUCGUCCGAUACAAGAACAAGACAGUCUUUUCAGACAUCGAGACCCAAGGAGAGGUCUUGCUCGAGCUUCCAACCAAGGAAGUGAUCCAAAUUGCCUCGGUUGACUACCGCUCUGGUACCGCGUACGGCAACCCUGUCCUCGAUUACUUGGAGCGUAACGGUGCCGCCGUUGAUCAGCCAGUACUUUUCGACAAUGCUAUUCCACUACACGGCAGGACGCCACUCAAGCUGAAGGCACCUGCCUCCAACGAGAACUACGCUCGCGUCUCUGGCGACUACAACCCCAUUCACGUUUCUCGUGUCUUUGCUAGCUACGCCAACUUGCCUGGUACAAUCACCCACGGCAUGUACUCUAGUGCAGCUGUUCGAAGUCUAGUCGAAACAUGGGCCGCAGAGAACAAUGUUGGUCGUGUCAGGAGCUACCACGUCAACCUUGUCGGUAUGGUGCUUCCUGACGAUAUGCUCGACGUCAAGCUCCAACACGUCGGUAUGGUUUCUGGUCGCAAGAUCAUCAAGAUCGAGGUCAGCAACCAGGAGACCGAAGACAAGGUCCUUCUCGGUGAGGCUGAGGUCGAGCAACCCACUACUUCAUACGUCUUUACUGGACAAGGUUCGCAAGAGCAAGGCAUGGGUAUGGAGCUUUACAACAGCAGUCCCGUGGCCAAGGAGGUUUGGGACCGUGCCGACAAGCAUUUCAUGGACAACUAUGGCUUUGCUAUCACCAACAUCGUAAAGAACAACCCGAAGGAACUCACCAUUCAUUUCGGUGGUCCAGUCGGAAAGGCGAUCCGUCAGAAUUACAUGUCUAUGACCUUCGAGACCGUUGCUGCGGAUGGAUCUAUCAAAUCCGAGAAGAUCUUCAAGGAGAUUGACGAAAACACCACAUCCUACACUUACCGGUCGCCAACUGGUCUGCUGUCAGCCACUCAAUUUACACAGCCGGCCCUGACACUCAUGGAGAAGGCGUCUUUCGAAGAUAUGCGUGCUAAGGGCUUGAUCCAGGUCGAGAGUACAUUCGCCGGACACUCUCUUGGUGAAUACUCUGCUCUUGCAGCCAUGGCUGAGGUUAUGCCUAUCGAGAGUCUGGUCUCGGUUGUGUUCUACCGUGGUCUUACUAUGCAGGUCGCCGUCGAGCGCGAUGAGGCUGGUCGCUCGAACUACUCCAUGUGCGCUGUCAACCCUAGCAGGAUCUCCAAGACCUUCAAUGAGCAGGCACUCCAAUACGUGGUCGAGAACAUUGCCGAGACGACCGGAUGGCUCCUGGAGAUUGUCAACUACAACAUUGCCAACAUGCAGUACGUUGCUGCCGGUGACCUCCGCGCUCUCGACUGUCUUACUGGCGUGACCAACUACCUCAAGCAACAAAAGAUCGACAUCCAGGCGCUCAUGCAGACUCUUUCACUUGAGGAGGUCAAGAACCACUUGGUAGAGAUUAUCAAGGGCUGCGCUGAGCAAACAGAAGCCAAGCCUAAGCCGCUCGACCUCCAGCGCGGGUUUGCUACCAUCCCGCUCAAGGGCAUCGACGUUCCCUUCCACUCGACCUUCUUACGCUCUGGUGUGAAGCCGUUCAGGUCUUUCCUUCUUAAGAAGAUCCAUAAGACGUCCAUCGACCCCAGCAAGCUUGUGGGCAAAUACAUCCCCAACGUCACGGCCAAGCCGUUUGCGUUGACCAAGGAGUACUUUGAGGACGUGUACAAGCUUACCAACUCACCCAAGAUUGGCAACAUCCUGGCGAACUGGGAGAAGUACGAAGAGAGCGGCAAGGAGGAGACCAAGACCGAGACUGUUGCUUAA